GUCCUCAGCUAAUGUGACACCACCUCAAAUAGCACACUCUCUCACUCCCAUUUGUCCCUCUCACUCUCUGAGUUGAGUUAAUUCAUCUGGGUUUUAUUCACGCUAUUCAUCUCUCUUUUACUGCAACUAAAAAGCUUUCCAUUGAUUCUAUAUAUCCGCAGAGAAGCUUUUACGAAGCUCUUCUUUUCAGUAAUAUAAUUUACUUUCCUCAAAAACUUUCCUUAUAAUCUCUGAUUUUGUCCCCUUUUCUCCUUGUCUCAAUUCUUCUCUUUAACGGUUCUUCUUUAAUUCUCUUUAUUCUCUCAGAAUCUCUCUUUAAUCUCUUUCGCUUUCAAUGCCACUUUGAUACACACACACACACACACACCAUGUGGCCUACAAAAUACACCGAACACCUCAACCAAAUCACCGCGACGGAAUAUUCCCCCAAUCUCCCCCCGAUGAAGACGCUCCGCGUCUCCGUCACCGACGCCGACGCCACCGACUCCUCCAGCGACGAAGACGCCGCCUCUCACCUCAAGCGUCGUAGAGUCAGGAAAUACAUCCACCAAGUCACGAUUCUCCCCUGCUGCGGAGACGGAGACGGAGACUACAAGGCGCGGCCGUCGGAGAAGAGGCGGAGCUCUGCCGGCGGAGGGAGAAAAUCGAAGAAUGCGGCGGAAGGCGGCGGUGCGAGGAAAUUCCGCGGCGUGCGGCAGCGGCCGUGGGGGAAGUGGGCGGCGGAGAUUCGAGACCCCAUGCGGCGGGUGCGGCUGUGGCUGGGGACCUACGACACGGCGGAGGAGGCGGCGAUGGUGUACGACCACGCGGCCAUCCAGCUGCGUGGGCCCGACGCGCUGACCAAUUUCAGCCCAAGGUACAACAAGGACAGGUCAGGGUACACCUCGUCUUCGCGCGAUAAUGCCGCGUCACCGAAAUCGGUGCUCCGCUUCUUCUCACCCGAGGCGGAAUCGGAGUCGUCGCCUGCGGCAGGAGAAGCUGAGGGCGGUGCCGAUUUUCCGAUUUUCCCUCUUGGCGACGAUUUGUUCUCGGAUUUGGGGGAACCGGUUGGCGCACCCGGAUGGUUUGAUCAGGAGACCGAUUUGUACGGAACGGAUAUUGCGUGGUGCUCUGACGUGGUUUCGGAGUCGGGCGCGGACUUGGUAGCGAGAUUCGGGUCGGGUGAUGAUUUCUUUCUUGAGUUUGGGGACGUCUUCGGGUCGGAUCCGCUCGUAACUCUGUGAGGAGGCGUUUCAUAAAUAUAAUAUAUAUAAAUAUUUUGCUUGAGUUUUAGUUUGGGUUGUGGGGAUAGAUUUCGAAUGUAAAACUGGAGUGUUACUGAGUAAAAGAAGUGUUAGUGUUAAGUAAGUAAAUGGAAUCUCUUCUUUAUGUUAUUAUUUGAUUUCAUAAGCCACCUUUUUGGCAAAAUAUUGUUGAAUGUGUGUGUCUAUUUUGUAGUACUGAUAACAUUCUUGAAA